AGCCGCCGGGAGAGCUUCGAGCUGAAGGACCUGCGGCACAGCCGGGAGCCGGCCGCUUUGGUGAGCUUAAUCCCGCAGGAGGUGAAGGAAGAAGAGUUGGAAACGCAGGAUGAACCGAAACUCUCCGGAGCUGUUGCCUGCAACGACCGGAGCUCGGCGGGGCGGCGACGUGGGGAGAAGGAGUAAGAGAUAUAUGACAUCUCCAAGCAACUAGAAAUGAUUGCAGAAACUAUCCACCUCUUGAGGAAAGACCUCAGCAAAACAAAGGAAUAUGCAUCUCAGAUCGAAAGCCAGAUUACUAAAGGUUUCUGUUGCAUGAAGGAAUGUGUUGAAAGACAGGAGAGAAACACACUGAUGUUUAUUGAACAAGAGCAAAAAGCAGCUCAACAGAAAAUUGAAGAGACUAUUAACCAGCUCUGUGUUUUCAUGGGGAAAACAAAUAACUUUCGUGAGAGACACAGGUACAAAGGCUUACCUUCAACAGCGCAUAAAGUUGCACUUGAUGAGAAGCUUGAUGUUGUCAAAACUGCUGUAGAAGACCUUAAGAGAAAGUUGGAAAUUUUACUUUUGGAGAAAUACGCUCACAGUUCCCACCAGGUGCAACCUCCAAACUCAAAUCAGGAGACAAGUGUCUGCUCAUUAUCUCCAGAGUCUGCAGCUAAAAACCCAGAACCAAGGACUUCAAGCCACUUUCCUCAGUUGUUUGGCUGUUUGACUUUUGAUCUCACAAGAGUAUAUGAGUGCGUAGCAAUCACAGCCCAGAGCAGGAAGGUGACGGUUUCCAGCCCCCCGACUGAUUGUGAACCAUCGCCCAACAGAUUCUGCAUCAGCCAAGUGAUGUGUGCGCAGAGCUUCUCUGCUGGGUGCCACUACUGGGAAGUCAUUACCAAGGGCAGUGAUGGAUGGGCUGUUGGAGUUGCUCAUGAAAUGAUUGCUAAAAGGGACAAAUUAGGAAGGACAGAACAUCCGUGGUAUGUAGAAUGGCUAGGUCCCAAAAAGCAGCUGUCAGCCUGGCAUAGGGAUCAAGAAACAUUAUUACACAAGGAUACACCAUUGAAGGUUGGAGUUUUCCUGAAGCUACAAAAGAAGACUGGGUCAUUUUACUCCAUCACUGACGAAGAAAUGCUUUUGCAUACUUUGGAAAUUAAUACCUCAAAUCCUCUUUACCCUGCUUUCUGGCUAUAUAGUCUAGAAAGAACUGGAUAUUUAACUAUGAGUCACAUGAACAGGAGAUAA